AUGCGAGCCCCCGUGAUCCUGGCCGCGCUGCUGGCGGCUCUGUCUCCGCUACUGGCCUUGGGCCAGCAGAACGUGACGGAGGACGGUACCUGCGGCGCACCCGGUGGCUUCACCUGCAGAGGCUCCGAGUUCGGCAAUUGCUGCUCGGAGCACGGCUGGUGCGGCAGCACUCCAGACCAUUGCGACGUCGGCUGCCAGGCAUUGUUCGGAGUGUGCAAUGAUCUGCCUCCGCCGCCGGGCGGACUGACUACGAUACGGCCUCGCCCGCCGCCACCGGCUAACUUCUACGGUCAGCGAGGUCGUGACGGCCACGACGUUUCAGACCAAGACGACUAUGAUACCAACCUUGAUCACACGUACCUCUAUGGCGAUCAGUACCCAGACGCACUCGGCCACGGUCACAUCCACGAAAACACAAGUGCACUUCUCGACUUCCACUGUAUCGUCGACGCGAGUCCAUUUUCGCACUUCGACGAUCUCAAGCACGGCUACGAGCUAUGUAGUGGCCACCUCAACCUCGACAACAAAUCUGAUUUCCGUGAUCCCCACGACGACUACGCAAAUAUUUACUAUUACGUCGUCGGUCUUGGAAACGGAAACCGACACGCAAAUUUCCACACAGAUCCAGAAGACGACAACUACCAGUACGGCUCUAGAGACCCAGACGACUUUAGCUACGAUAAACUCAACGAGCCUUAUCUUCACGACAAAAACGCAGACGGAGUUGGCUACUUCGACGUCCACAGCCCAAGCGACUCAGACGCUCAACUCAACGAGCCUUAUCUUCACGACAAAAACGCAGACGGAAUUGGCUACUUCGACGGCCACAACAGAGCACGAAACGUCCACGGCUAUUAUCAGCAGCACAAGCCUCCACCUCGAGACGGAAACCCGGACCGAGACCCAGACCCAGACCCAGACCCAGACCCAGACACAGACACAGACACAGACACAAACGGAUCGGGCCAUCGUCACAAGCACGGACCACACCACGGCGACGGAGACGGAGACGGAGACGCACAGACUCGACGCGACGUACACGGUCUACGAGACGCGGGUCCUGACCGACGUGCGCAGCGUCACGGCCGUGGUCAACAGCACGAGCCUCGUCUUGGCGACGGCCACGGCGACGGCCACGCUCAACCUGACCGUCAGCCGGACCUCGCUCGUGUACCAGACGCAGACGGCCACGAGCACGGCCGUGGUCUACGUGACGGUCACGACCGGCGUGGCGCCGUCGACGGUGUCGACGGGCUCGGUGCCGCGGUACUCGCAGUGCGGCGGGACCAACUACCAGGGCCCCACGGACUGCAUGCCGCCGGCUACGUGCGUGAAGCUGAGCGAUUAUUUCUAUCAGUGCCAAUGAGCAUGCGGGGAGAAAGAGGAGGGAGAGGAUGGGGGGUUUACAGGGAUUGA